CGGCGGGCGGGCAGCUGCGGCAGCUGCUGCUGUGGCUCGGGCGGCUGCGGCGCGGCGGCGGCAGAGGGGGCUCCGGGGUCGGACAAUCCGCUCUCCCUGCGCUCUCCGCACCGCGGCUUAAAUGAUGUAUUUUGUGAUCGCAGCGAUGAAAGGAUUAUUGAGCAUGUGCGGGCUACGGAAUGUAGCCACAGUGUACUCCAAGCCUCUGCCCAGGAUGACAGUCUAUUCCCCACCCACCAUGGAGAUGAAGCGAGAGCCCUCUGCAAACCCACAUGCUCAAAUUGAAAUUAUUCCAUGCAAGAUCUGUGGAGACAAAUCAUCAGGAAUCCAUUAUGGUGUCAUUACGUGUGAAGGCUGCAAGGGCUUUUUCAGGAGAAGUCAGCAAAGCAAUGCCACCUACUCCUGUCCUCGUCAGAAGAACUGUUUGAUUGAUCGAACCAGUAGAAACCGCUGCCAACACUGUCGAUUGCAGAAAUGUCUUGCCGUAGGGAUGUCUCGAGACGCUGUAAAAUUUGGUCGAAUGUCGAAAAAACAGAGAGACAGCUUGUAUGCAGAAGUGCAGAAGCACCGGAUGCAGCAGCAGCAGCGCGACCACCAGCAGCAGCCUGGAGAGGCUGAGCCGCUGACACCCACCUACAACAUCUCGGCCAAUGGGCUGACGGAGCUUCACGAGGACCUCAGUACCUACAUUGAUGGGCACACCCCUGAGGGCAGCAAGGCCGACUCCGCCGUCAGCAGCUUCUACCUGGACAUACAGCCCUCCCCAGACCAGUCAGGGCUUGAUAUCAAUGGAAUCAAACCAGAACCCAUAUGUGACUACACACCAGCAUCUGGCUUCUUUCCCUACUGUUCGUUCACCAAUGGAGAGACUUCCCCAACGGUGUCCAUGGCAGAACUAGAACACCUUGCACAGAAUAUAUCUAAAUCACAUCUGGAAACCUGCCAAUACUUGAGAGAAGAACUUCAGCAGAUAACGUGGCAGACCUUUCUGCAGGAAGAGAUUGAGAACUAUCAAAACAAGCAGCGGGAGGUGAUGUGGCAAUUGUGUGCCAUCAAAAUUACAGAAGCUAUACAGUAUGUGGUGGAGUUUGCCAAACGCAUUGAUGGAUUUAUGGAGCUGUGUCAAAACGAUCAAAUUGUGCUUCUAAAAGCAGGUUCUCUAGAAGUGGUGUUCAUCAGGAUGUGCCGUGCCUUUGACUCUCAGAACAACACCGUGUACUUUGAUGGGAAGUAUGCCAGCCCUGAUGUCUUCAAAUCCUUAGGCUGUGAAGACUUUAUUAGCUUUGUGUUUGAAUUUGGAAAGAGUUUAUGUUCUAUGCACCUGACUGAAGAUGAAAUUGCAUUAUUUUCUGCAUUUGUACUGAUGUCAGCAGAUCGUUCAUGGCUACAGGAAAAGGUCAAAAUUGAAAAACUGCAACAGAAAAUUCAGCUAGCUCUUCAACAUGUUCUACAGAAGAAUCACCGAGAAGAUGGAAUACUAACAAAGUUAAUAUGCAAGGUGUCUACGUUAAGAGCCUUAUGUGGACGACAUACAGAAAAGCUAAUGGCAUUUAAAGCAAUAUACCCAGACAUUGUGCGACUUCAUUUUCCUCCAUUAUACAAGGAGUUGUUCACUUCAGAAUUUGAGCCAGCAAUGCAGAUUGAUGGGUAAAUGUAUCACCUAAGCACUUCUAGAAUGUCUGAAGUACAAACAUGAAAAAGAAAACAAAACAAAACAAAAAAAUUAACCAAGACACUUUCUAUGGCCCUGCACAGCCCUGGAGCGCCAACACACUGCACAUCUUUUGGUGAUCGGGGUCAGGCAAAGGAGGGGAGACAAUGAAAACAAAUAAAAGUUGAACUUGUUUUUCUCAUGCAUAUGAUUUCCAUUAUGCCUACAGAUAUGGACCCUUUUUCUGUCUCGACUUCUUGAGCGUUGACCUCUGUUUACAGCAGAAGGAGGGUACUAAAGUCGGAAGAUGUCCUUUUCUUGUAGCUCACUGCCCACAGACUUUCAACAGAGUCGCCAAUCUGUCAGUUACAGCAGAGAGUCCAGCAAUAAUCGGUGACUGGUGUGCAUAGCGGAGGUUGCGGCAUUACUUUGCACAACUUGCUCUUUGUUUCAUGAAGGAAGUUUUUAUUUUCUCACCGAUUAUUGCCAGUCAGCAGGAUGGCAUGAAAAGGGUCCAUAGCACUAGCAACAAUAGCAUUAUAAUAUAUUACAGGGUAAAUGGGCAUGAAGACUAUAUAUAGCUAAAAGAGAUAUUGUUUAUAUAUUGUUUUAAUUAAUAUAAAAUGUAGUUACUGGUGUAGCUUUUCCUGUUGAAUUGAUAAGGCACUUUCAUUUUGCACCUUUUUCUUUAAAUUAAAUGCUAGCGUGUUCACUGUCGUGUCGCAUGUGCACCAGAAACACAAGUUUAACUGAGAAGGCUUGGAAGGUACGUCGGGAGGUAUUUAUGCUGCUGUUUACAAAAUUACUUUUAAAAGACUGGCUGGUCAUAUCUAGAAAUCAACAUGUUGGCUUUUUUUUUCCCACAUGUGAUUUUGGCAUUAGAAACAGAACUCUCCCUAAAUUAUACUUUACUUUUUGGUAAGCUCAAGGACAGAUGUGUUUAUGCUUCAUACAAAGUUGAAUGAUUGAUUGGUGCUGUGAACUUAAACCAUCAAAUUUUUAAAAUAAGGAAAGCUUUUCAAAAUGCCACCUUUGGGUGCGGGUGUUGGGGAGGCUCAUUUUACAUAAUUCAGUCAAACUAUGGACUCAGACUCAACUUUGGAAUUCUAACUUUUUUAGAACAAAUCAAUAACCAGAAUAUUUUGUUGGAAUUUACAUUUUUAUGUGAAGAAGGACCCAAAGAUUAUAUCUGGAGCAGAUGCGCAUUCCCCAUGCAAGGACAGGAAACCUUUGAAUGUUUAUGUUCUUGGGAUAAUCCAGGAAUCCUAAGAGUUCAUCUCAGAAUGAGUUCAUUCUAGACUAGUUGUCCCCAGAUGCCACUAUUCUAGAAUAUUGCUCUCCACAUUUGGUAAGCAAUACAUAGGAGGGUGAGAGAGGCCUACCAUGUUCCUCUUAUUUAAAUAGUAAAUAUUUUAAGCCUUUAAAGUAAAGUUGAGGCUAGCUGCAAACAUUUACUCUUUUAUUUAUCUUCACUAGAAAACUGUGGACUGUAAUUUAUUUUACUAGAUUGUUUGGCUUUUGUGUUCAGGUGAGAAAUAUUGAAUUAUUUUUGUUAAAUUUUGUAGGUUUCUUUCUUUUUUUUUUUUUUCUUUAGUAAGCCCCAGUGAGGGGAAGGAGAAAGGAACAGUUUGAUGCACAAGUGUGCAUAUUUUAAAAACAAGUGACCUUUUGGUAAUGUGGGCAUUUGGAAGAUGAUUUUGGUCAUAUUAGGGAUGGGAUUCAAAGACCAUGUUGGUAAGGAAAAGGGAACAUCUUCCAGGGUGUAAAGGUGGGAGUCCAAGAAGCCCUCUACACCCAAGAGCCUCCUCUGCCAUAGGAUCCCUCCAGAAUUUUCUGCAGGAAUUGCAGCCCCUGAUAUAGAGCUGGAUCACCAGGGCUGGCUUCCCAGAGCAUUUCACUGUUUUUAACUCCAAUUUUCUGACUUGUUUCUUGAGGCACUUGGAAAAGGGGAAGCAGUUCAUGCAGAAGUAUGUAUGAAGCCUAAAUAACAUCCAUUUGUUUUUCAAAAAUAGUAAGGGUUUAACCAUAAAUAGAAGAUGAGAGUAAUAUUUACUUAAAUUUCUUACAGGAAUAUAAAAUUUUAUGUGAGUGUUUAUAUAAAGAGGUUAACUGUUGGCAUAUAGUAUUUAUAUUUGGGCAAGAAGGGUUAAAUCAAACUUUUAUUUAAGUAAGCAUAGUUCCUUUAAAGAUUAAUAGUAUUUAUACUCUGAAAAGAGUACGAAGCUUAGUUCAGUUAUUUAUUUGUCCAUUAUCUUUUCUAUUGCUUCUCCUCAGAGGGGAAAAUGGUGAUGUAGUUUGGUGGGGCGGGAUUUUUUUUUUUUUUUUGGUCAUUCGUAGUCACUAAAUUUGGGGAUGGUUUUAUUAAAGUAUAUUAACUUCUUUUUAACCAAAGCUUUCUGAAUAUGACCAGCCUCAGGUGCUAGCGCAUUAAAGAGCAACUAAACCUAAUUCCAGUGUCCAUUUGUGAAUAAGAAGAGCUAAUUGAACUUCUCUAAGGGUGAGAGAGAAAGUAAUGAUGAACUUCAAAGAAAUUCCUUUUCUCAGAAAGGAUUUUGCAUGUACCUAAUGCCAAAAGAAAAAAAAGAAGAAGAAAGAAAGAAAAUGAUGCUCUAAUCUUAGUAAUAGUUAUGCCAUGGUGACAUUGCUUUUAUAGUAAACCAAGACAGAGUAACAUGAUGCUGCUUCUAGGUGUUUCUGAAAGAAAAGCAGGAGGUGGGCUUUCAGAACAAAGCCCACAGACCACGUAGGAACAGAAUACUAGACACAGAGACGUGCCCAGAGAAAUCGAGGGAACAACUGACUAUAAUUUAGAUCUAAGUUGGGAUCUGAAGUUAAACAAUAAAUGUAGUUGAAAGAAAUAGAGCCCAGAAAGGGAUGUGAAAACCUUUGCAUUUUAAUUUUCUUCUUUAUCAUAAAAACACCUGUGUGGUGACACAAAAUACUGGGUGAUACCUGAAUAAUUAUUCUUAAUAGUUUAUAUAAAUAAAUUUUCCUAAACUUAAAUGUCCAAUAGCCUUUUAAAGAUUAGAACCACAUCAUCAUCAACUUGGCUGCUGUAAUGCCUUUAUCUAAUCUUUUGACAUAAGAUAAAUGAGGCUUUUGUACAAAGCCUGAGUACUUUUUGUUACAAUGGUGUCAAGAUGAUCGUAUUAUAUUGCGAAAAACACUGGUCUUGGUCACAAUGAGAUCGAAAGUGCAGAUGAAAGUGCUUUUUGGACAGUUUGCAAAUUGUGUUAAAGCUAUGGAUGUUUUUUAAGUGUUCAACAUCCUAAUUUGUGUUAAAGUUUUUGUUUUUUUUUUUUAAGUCUUCAGCAUCCUAAUUCACCCUUCCUAACGUUAGGAAAACAUGACCUAAGACACUGCUUCUAAGUUUGGUUGUUCUUUAUAGUGUGGAUACCCAGAUCUCUGUGAGCGUAUGGGGGUGGGCUGAGGGUCAGGGGAGGAAGGAGUGUGUGUAUGUGUGAUGUGUGUGUGUGUGUGUGUGUGUGUGUGCGUGUGCGCAUGUGUGUAUGUGUGAUUGGCGUGCAUAUGAUGUGCAUGUGUCGGACAGCUUCUAGGCUACUAAGUGUCAAUGGAAAAAGAAAAUGUAUUCAAAAUACUUAAAUCAAAACUAGAGGAUGAAAAAAAAAAGAUUUAUUCUAUACAAAGCCUUGUCUGGACCACUUUAGAGAGACUUCUAUUUUUUUAACCCUUCUAUAAAUAUUUGAUGGCACUUGAAAUAUUCCUGCAAUAAAAUGUGAUUUGUGUAAAGAAAAAAAAAGAUUUUGUAAUGUGAAACAAAGAAAGAAAGUAAUGUAAUUUUCUAAAAAAAAAAAUACAAACAAACAAACUUUGUAUUAUUUUCUUGAUGGAAUUUGUCUAUCUGUCUUUGGAAAACUUUUUAUUUCAUUGAAUGUGCCAUAGUAGAAAUAAUGUGUUUUUAGUUUUAGAACUAAGGAAUAGCUAGCUGUUUGUGUUCCGACAUUCCAAAAUGCAAAACAACUUAGCAGAACCCUUAGUGGGAAAGUCGAAGUUGUCUGUGAGCUUCUUUUGUUGUUGCUUUUUUGCACAUGUUCUUCAUCCCUCUCUAGUGCAAUAUGUACAUAGAGCACUUGCGGGUGUACCUUGAUCCCUCAGGGAAAAAUACAUAUUUGUACAGUUUUUUGGUUUUUGUUUUGUUUUGUUUUGUUUCUCUUUUGUUUUGGGCUAAGGAAUGUCGAUCGAAUCACUUGUUAUUGUUGAGGGGCAGCCAGAUAAUUAUCCUAAAGCCACUGUUUCAAACAUUGAUUGUUUAAAUCAUAUGUCCUUCCAGCGCUAUUAUUUUAAGAUAAUAAUAAUAAUAAUGAUAAUAAUAAAGUUAUUUUCUGACAGUU